AUGCGACCUAAAGAACCAUCUGCUCCUCUCAGCAGGUUUGCUAAUUGUGAUUGGUAUUACCAUGUGCCUUUAAAACAUGAGAAGAAAAAUGAAGUUCCACAUCUUCCCGCUUCCCAAAUACCUGGUUUGAGUGACCUUGCAGAACCUCAUAAUGAUUUAAUGACUGGAAGUCGCAAAAAAUGGAUCAGAGAGACAGACUCUGAAUAUGUCAAACUAGCCAAGCAAGGAGGUCGACCAGAUUUGUUAAAGCACAUGACACCUGCACCAAAGAAGACUCCACCAGUGUCCUAUGCAGCGCCUGACUGGUACACCUAUGAGAAUUUAUCUCCCCCACCUGAACCAGCUACUGCGCCACUGAGAAAUGUGCCAGACUACAUGACCCAUGAAGACUUUAACGAGGAGGAAAGUGAACAGAAAUAUGAGUCAAGAAAAGGCCCAUUUGAUAUUGAUCAGAAAACCAUUUGGCAGCGUGACUCUGAAGAAAAUGAAAAAGAGAAUCAUAACAAAAAAGGUGAAGCUACCUGCAAUAAAGCAAGACAACAAUGUGACUGCAUCUGGUAAAGGACCUCCUCCCACAAAGACAAGACAUGACAGGCCUGGGAAAAAAUGUUUCUUUCCACCAAUGCCAGGAAAUAGAAAUGAUGCUGUUAAUAUUAGCAAGUUGCUUAGCAAUGGUUAUGGAGAUGAUUGGUUUCGUCAGUACGGUGAAGAAGAGAGGAAGGCCACACUGAAGUCCAAGACAUUCAAAAGU